AUUUCACACUACUUGAAGAAGCUGAUUAAUAAUUAAUUAAGCUUUAAUCUUACUUUUGUUCCUCCGUUAAAGCCAAGACCUCAACAUCUUCGCUAAAGGCCGCCUCAACAUCUCUCUAUAAUUUUCCUUCUUCCUCUUCCUUUUAAUUUUCCAGCUUCCAGGAAAGAACAAUGACUGGCAUAGCAAAGGAGGAAGAGUCAGCUAGUCCUAGUUGGGGUGAAGUGGCUAGGGCUGUUGCUGCUGCUGUUAGUUCUCCAACUUUGAAAGAUGAUACUGGUGGCAGCCAAUUUCAGAGGCUACAUAAUCAAGUUACAAAGAUGAUAAAGGGAUUUUCACGCUCUCCUGAUUCUAAAAAUGCGUAUUACAAUCCAGAAAUCCUGACUAGUUUGAAGCGUCAAUGGGCUGCAAACUUUCAAUUGCAACACACUGACCACAGAUCUUGGAAGGAGCCUUCACAGCUGUUUGAAAGCAUGGUGGUUGUGGGACUUCAUCCAAAUUGUGAUGUUCAGGCACUGCGAAGGCAAUAUGUUGAUAGAAAAAUUGAAAGCCCGGGAAAAUUGAGAAGUGCACUUGGUUAUCAGAAUCAAUCCCGUAUAGAACCCAAUAUAGAGCCCAAUAUUGAACCUCAGGUUUUAUUUGUAUAUCCUCCUGAAAAAAAGCUGCCUCUUAAAAGCAAGGAUCUUCUCUCUUUCUGCUUCCCUGGAGGAUUGGAGGUCCGUGCUAUUGAGAGAACCCCAUCCAUGAGUGAGUUGAAUGAAAUUCUUUUUGGGCAGGAACAUAUCAAACAAAGGGAUCUGUCAUUUGUGUUCAGGUUACAGGGUGCAGACCAUUCAACGCUUUAUGGGUGUUGUGUCUUAGUUGAAGAACUAGUUCAUAAGCCCUCUGGAUUGCUUUCUCUGAUUUCUGAUAAACAACCACCUUUUUCUUCUUCGAGACGUCAUAUAUUAACCACACAGAGAUGUUACUGCAUUCUUUCAAGGCUCCCAUUUUUUGAAUUGCACUUUGGUGUUUUACAAAGCAUCUUCACACAAGAGAGGCUGGAUCGGUUGACGAAAAGUAUUGGAGAUUUAAGUUUUGAAUCUUUUGAUGGUAACUCUGAGGAUGAAAACUCAGAUGGUAAUUUUGAGCACAUGUUAGUGAGUGAUGGGCCAAUGGAAGGCAAACUUGAUGGAAGUCCAAUGAUUUCUGAGUCAAGCUUAAGAAGGUCUUCGCCUGAAAAUAUUGUGGGUGAUGCUCAUCCAGAGCAUCAAAUGGUUAACGGGGAACUGCAGAUUUACGAGAGAAUCAGUUAUGAGAUUGUUGAACCAACUGAUCCUGAAACUGGAAGGGCAAUGGCCAAAGAAGAAUCGGGCCCUACAUAUUCAGAAGACGGUGAUCAGUAUACAGAUGCUUUUGCAACCAACAAACACUCAGAAGAUAAGCAUUUACCCAAUGCUCUAUUGCCACUUCUGCGCUAUUGCCAGUAUGAAAGCUCAGAAUCUUCCUGCAGUUUUCAGGGCUCACCUUGUGAAGAUAGAAAUUUCAGGAGUGAUGCUGAUGAUAACGAGACAGAGGAAGCGUCAUCCUCUGGCCAAGAGGAUUCAAGUGACUUAAAUGAUAUUCUUGAAUGGGCCAAGGAAAAUAAUCAUGGACCACUACAGAUUAUAAGCGAGUAUUAUCGAUUACCUUGCCCUGCAAGGGGCUUGGCAGUUAGAUUUCAUCCUUUGGAACACCUGCAUCCCUUGGAAUAUCAUAGACUAGCUGAGGAAGCUCUAUGUCUUGUUGGUCCAACUGAUGGUCUAAAAUCAUGCAGUCCUGAUCUGAAAUUAGUUGAUGCACAUAAUGCUCUUUUGGCAGAAGAGGCAACUGCAUUAUCCCUAUGGGCUGUAGCAUGCAUAUGUGGAACCUUGAGACUUGAACAUGUUUUAACGUUCUUUGCUGGAGUUCUGCUAGAGAAGCAGAUAGUUGUUGUCUGUUCUAAUUUGGGAGUUCUAUCUGCUUCAGUAUUGUCAGUUAUUCCGCUAAUCCGGCCUUAUCAAUGGCAAAGCCUACUAAUGCCGGUUUUACCAAAUGACAUGCUCGAGUUUUUGGAUGCACCUGUCCCUUACGUGGUUGGUAUCAAGAACAAGACCAGUGAAAUUCAGUCAAAGUUAACCAAUGUGAUUCUUGUUGAUGCCAAUAGAAAUCAGGUGAAGUCACCAACAAUCCCACAACUGCCUAGACAGAAAGAGCUAAUCUCAUCUUUACGUCCUUCUCAUGCAACGCUUGUAGGAGAAAGUUACACGGGUAGGAGAAGGCCAGUGUAUGAAUGCACAGAAGUUCAGGUGGAAGCUGCAAAGGAGUUCCUUUCUGUGUUAAGAUCUUACUUGGAUUCACUUUGCGAUAACAUCCGUUCUCACACAAUUACCAAUGUACAAUCCAAUGAUGAUAAGGUAUCCUUGCUUUUGAAGGAGAGUUUCAUCGAGUCUUUCCCGUACCGCGAUCGGCCUUUUAUGAAGCUUUUCGUGGAUACGCAGCUAUUUUCCGUACAUACAGAUCUUAUACUCUCUUUCUUCCAAAAAGAAUAGGGACGCAAUGGCAAAGCUUCAUGGGAAUAAUUGUGUUUAUUCUAGCUUGAACGCAAGUUCAGUGUUGUACAAUUUUCCUACAUUGAGUUAAAAUAUAAUUCAGAUUCCUUACUCACAAGGCUUUAUGCGGCACAUGUAAAUGAACAGUUAAAUAAUAUGUUCAAGCUUAAAAGUUCUAUAGGUUUUUAUUCCAUAUGAAUGUUAUUUUCCUACAGUAGGAUCGAAGAUAUGAUUCGAAUCUUAUUUCAAAUGUAAAUAUCUCAAUCUUUGUUUACUGUUAUUAUGCUUGUAUGAUGAAGUUACCAACUGUUAUCAUGUUC